AUGGCUACGAUUGAGAAUGCUUUCGCUUUGUGUCCAAUCUUUUCCGACGAAAACAAGAUUUAUGUAACUCCCUCAGAGGAGAGAGGUUGUGCUACAGUAACACACAAAGGUCGAUGUGUUGAUAUACUUAAGAUUGAAGAUCAAAAGAUUGUCCAGAGCUGGUCUAUGAGACAUGGAAUGAUCAUUACAGCACCUGUAGUUUAUAGCCAAACAGAAUGCAAAUAUAUAGCUGUGCAGAAUAAAGAGGAGCUUCGUUUAUGGGCAAGAGAUCAGCACAACCUGGAAAAGGCUAAGAAAAAAAGUGUGCCACAUCCAAUUCACAGAGUUUUCUCUCUGCCCAACUUAGAACCCAUAGUUUUGUUUGAAAAUGGCCAGAUAGAAGUUUUGAGUGCUGUCAAACAGAUUACAGAUACAAAGUCAUACACAGACGGAGCAGAGAUUAUAUGGUGUGAGGCUGUCCGAUGGCAGGACAGUCCUGUUGUGGUUAUUGUGUCAAGGUCACAGGACAACAGACUGAAGGCCCAUAUCUGCAAACAUAAGAAAGAUAGAUGGGAAAACACCUCAGUUGAAUUGCCUGUAAAAGGGGAAGAGAUAAGCUGUUGUUGUAUGCCCAUCAGUCAAACAGUGCAGAUCUAUACUCUUUGCGGUAGUGGAGCCCUGUACUGUGUCAGUGAUGUGACCCAGUCCGCGGUCCAGGUGUUGACAUUGCCCGUGGGGGACUCCUCUGCCAUGGUGACUGCAGGGGAGAGCCAUAUAGCUGUGACAGGAGUGAAGCAGGAUGGAAAAGUUGGGCUUGGUAUUUUCGAUGUAAAGUUUGGAUCACUUCUGGCAUGGAAACCAUACCCAGAAGAAAAUUUCAGAGUGAAAAAGCUGUAUGUGGCAGAGCAGCACCUGUUUGUGGUAUGUGGAAAGGCACUGUAUGCCUACAGGUUCAGCUGUGGUGCUUGUACUCUGGCCAGUGCCCUUGGCAGCUUUACCAGUGCAGAAACAGGGAGCAAGGAAGAUGACUCAGAGAAACUCUCACUUUCCUGGAAAGUUGGCAAUCCCCAGGUUACAGAAAAGUCUUGUGCUGAUGUUCUCUCCUUGUUUGAAAAAGUCAAUAAUUCUUCCAAGACAUCGACAAUAGAGGACUUCCGAGACAUGUUCAACCUAUUGAUGGAAGUACUGCAAAAGCCAGACUACCAGCAAUUCUGGACAAGUCCAUACAUGUCUGAACUUAUCAGAAGAUUAGCUACGGAGAAAAAGUUCUGGCCAAAAGAGGAAAUUCUCCAAAUUAUCAAUCAAGGAUUUGUUCCUCCUAGUGUGAUGGCAGACUUUUUUGAAGCAUUGAUUCAGCACAGCGACCUGACACUUUUACAUGCAGCAACAUCUCACCUCCAUGAUAUACCAGAAGCUCAGCUUGUCAAGACCCUCAACUUCUACAUGAGUUGUGCUGACGGAGAGUUUGCGGAAGUUUGUGAUAAGCCAGAGACUAUGGAAGAACCUGCCGCAGAUGAUGAUGGACAUACACGUACAGUCAAAUGUCCGUUUAGCUUUGCUAAGACACAAUUUAUAAAUGCUGUGGUGGCAUUACCAUACAAUGACGUCUUCCUUCUUGAAUGUUUGCAAAACUUUAAAUUUGAAAAUGUUCUGAUCCUGAUGCAAUAUUUACAUUAUUGUUUUACAUCAAAUAACCCUGAUGAGGACAUAAAAGGCUGUGCUCCUUCUCUGUUACAGGUUGUAGACUGGAUGUGUUUGUUAGUGGAUGCUCAUGCCACUCAGCUGAUUCUUUCCCCUGAUGCCAGGCCAGUAUUGGUUGACCUUCAUCAACUUGUUCAUGAACAGCUGGAGUUUUAUGAUGAAUUAAUCAGUCUGGAAGCGGUGCUGUCCCAGCUGAAGAAGAAUUGUGCCCCUUUCAAAGAGAGAAACGUGGGAUUAUAUUGUAUAGAGGUCUUGCAUAUUGCCUGACAAAUUUCUCAUGGACAUUGGUAUUGACUGUAGCAGCUGUGAAUUUGGAACCUCCAUUGUUACUUAAAAGAUGUGAAUAAAUGUUACCU